AUGUGUGCGGGCGCCGGCCGCGCGGGGGCACAAAAUUGCGGAUUGCGCCUCGCCAUCCGCGAAUUCCAGGGCGUCCGCGGGCCCACACGUCACACGCGUCCCGCCGCACCCGCUCGCAGAGGUACGCGCGGAUCCUGCGAGGUCGGCCGUUUUGUCCAUGUCUGGUGCGACCGCACCCCGCGCGCAGAAACGCGCGCGUUCAUGCCCCCCAGGCGCCCCGCCUCGGCAACAGGCUGA